AUGUUCAGCUGGCAGAGUGCUUACGACCGCCGGAGGAAGGACCCCGAGCCCUUCGAGACCGUGAGCGAGGGGCUCAAAAAACUGUACAAGACCAAGCUGCUGCCCCUGGAAGAACAUUACCGUUUCCACGAGUUUCACUCGCCAGCCCUGGAGGAUGCCGAUUUCGACAACAAGCCCAUGGUACUGCUGGUGGGGCAGUACUCCACCGGAAAGACCUCCUUCAUCAGGUACCUGCUGGAACAGGAUUUCCCAGGCAUGAAAAUUGGGCCUGAGCCGUCCACGGACUCCUUUGUUGCAGUGAUGCAUGGAGAGACAGAAGGGAUUAUCCCCGGGAACGCUCUGGUGGUGGAUCCUAAGAAACCCUUCAGGAAACUUAAUAUCUUUGGCAAUGCCUUCUUGAACAGGUUGAUGUGUGCCCACCUGCCCAACCCUGUGCUGGAGAGCAUCAGCGUCAUUGACACACCUGGGAUCCUCUCUGGGGAGAAGCAGAUGACCAGUCGAGGGUAUAAUUUUGCAGCUGUCCUCGAGUGGUUUGCCGAGCGGGUCGACCGCAUCAUUCUUCUUUUUGACGCCCACAAACUGGACAUCUCCGAUGAAUUCUCAGAGGUCAUCAGCGCCCUCAAAAACCAUGAGGACAAGAUGCGGGUGGUGCUAAACAAAGCCGACCAGAUUGAGACACAACAGCUAAUGCGUGUGUAUGGGGCUCUCAUGUGGUCCCUAGGGAAGAUCAUGAACACCCCAGAGGUGAUACGGGUCUACAUUGGUUCAUUCUGGUCCCAGCCCCUUCUCAUUGCUGACAGCCGCAAGCUCUUUGAAGCUGAGGAGCAGGACCUGUUCAGAGACAUCCGGAGUCUACCCCGAAAUGCUGCCCUGCGCAAGCUCAAUGACCUCAUCAAGAGAGCCAGGCUGGCCAAGGUCCAUGCUUACAUCAUCAGCUCUCUGAAGAAGGAGAUGCCCUCUGUGUUUGGAAAGGACACUAAGAAGAAAGAGCUGGUGAACAACCUGGCUGAGAUUUAUGGCCGGAUUGAGCGGGAGCAUCAGAUCUCACCUGGGGACUUUCCCAACCUGAAGAGGAUGCAGGACCAGCUGCAGGACCAGGACUUUAGCAAAUUCCAGCCCCUGAAAAACAAGCUGCUAGACAUAGUGGAGGAGAUGCUGACCCAUGACAUUGCCCAGCUCAUGGAGCUGGUGCGCCAGGAGGAGACCCAGCAGCCAGUCCAGAUGGUGAAGGGAGGAGCAUUUGAGGGGACUCUGCAUAGCCCAUUUGGGCAUGGCUAUGGGGAGGGGGCUGGUGAGGGCAUUGAUGAAGCUGAGUGGGUGGUGGCUAGAGAUAAGCCCAUGUACGAUGAGAUCUUCUACACCCUGUCACCGGUGGAUGGCAAGAUCACAGGUGCCAAUGCCAAGAAGGAGAUGGUGCGCUCCAAGCUGCCCAGCAGUGUGCUGGGGAAGAUCUGGAAGCUGGCCGACAUUGAUAAGGACGGCAUGCUAGAUGACGAGGAGUUUGCGCUGGCCAACCACCUCAUCAAGAUCAAACUGGAGGGUCAUGAGCUGCCCAGUGAGCUGCCUGCCCACCUCCUGCCCCCUUCCAAGAGGAAAGUUGAUGAGUGAUUGAGUGGGGGAGGGUGUUCAAGGCAGGCAGGCAUUGGAGGAGGAGAUGGGAAUGGUGAUGAGAUACACACACACACACACAUACAAA